AUGGGGACCUCUGUGAGCGUCAAUCCAUCAGCCAAGUGCUCGCGGACCGGUCACACCCUGUCACGCUCAUCUGAACGUUACCCAGAAGGUGGCUCCCAGCCGUCUGGAUCCUCAGUCACGUAUCCGGAAACGGUGCGUGAUGAUGAAGAGAUGCCCCACGGGACGAAGAACAGACACUCCAUCCAUCACUUAGCAAGCACCUCCUGCGAGAAGGCCGGUGAUACCAUGAGGGUUUCUCCACUACAACUCCUCCCGAAGUUUCCUGGCCACAAACCUGUGAGAGCCAUCAAAGAGGAGUUUCACAUGAUUGCAGAAUCCCCUUUAGGAUUUCCCAAUGUGAUUGGGUGCCUAGAUGGCACCCAUAUACCCAUCAUCGCUCCUUCACAAAAUGAGGCAGAUUAUGUCAAUCGGAAGUCCAUCCACAGCAUUAAUGUGCAGAUCAUAUGUGAUGCUGCACACAUAAUUACAAAUGUGGAGGCUAAGUGGCCAGGCUCAGUUCAUGAUUCACGGAUAUAUCGUGAGUCAUCUCUGAGCAACAGAAUGGGCCAAGGAGAGAUGGAUGGCCUUCUGCUGGGUGAUAGGGGUUACCCAUGCCAACCUACACUCAUGACCCCUUACCCAGAACCUGAGCCAGGCCCCCAGCAGCACUUCAAUAUGGCACACAACAGGACACGAGCCCGGGUGGAGAUGACCAUAGGCCUGUUGAAAUCACGUUUCCAGUGCCUGCGCCACCUCAGGGUGACCCCUGAAAGGGCUUGUGACAUUAUUGUGGCAUGUGUUGUUCUUCAUAAUAUUGCCAUUAUUAGAGGGGAGCAACACCCUGCCCUACAAACUCAAGAUCCUGAAGCAGACCUCAUACACACUGGGGAUUUCCAGGAUGGAAGGGUGGUCAGAGACCUCAUAUGCCGUAAUGUCUUUGCAAAUUAA